AACGGACUGAACGGGACGAUCGGAGCUUCAACACAUUUCACUUCGGCUGUGGAGGAAAUUUGGGAUUAAUUUCUCUCACAUAUAAGAAUCGAGCCAGUCAUUUCCCUGAUCCGUUUGUUGGCCUAAAAAGAAACACAAGAGGAACCUUAUCCAGACCUGAAGGAAAUGCCAGUUGCAGCCACUGGUCAGCCAGCAGUAUCUCCCGAGCCCCGUGUGCGUUCCCGGCUCACCGCCGGCGCCGAUCGUGUGCCCAAGCGUCCACCUCAGCUGCACGAGGUCUCUGGCUACGGCGUGCCGGACUUCGCUCGAGCGACUGACGGACUUCCUACUGGACUUGCUGCCUCCAGGUCAGCGUUUUCGCCCAUGCCACUUACCCUCUCGCCCCAGCCCAUGGCCGCGGAGCCACCCAGGACUCGCUCUCGUUCGCGCUCGGGAUUUUACCAGGGUGCCGGUGUUAACAACGGGGCUCCAAGUGCCGCUGCAAACCUUCAGCAGCCGCAGCACAACGGAGCAUGUGCAAUGCUGGGAGCUCAUGGACUUUCGGAUAACCUCCGCCCGCCCACGGGCGUCCUUUCGCCCGGUGGUCUUCGACACCCGGGACCCGGAGUGCACAGGAGCCCUGGAUCAGGAGCGAUGGGAGGAGGAGUGUAUCACUAUCACUCGGAGCCCGUCUGUGCAGACACCACUAAUCUGAUGGAGGGCUCUCCGAGCCCGAAACGCCAGCGUCUUUCCCAGCAGUCUGUGCUCGAGCUGGCCUCGGCCCCGCCCUCAACGUCCUCUCCACCCAUCAGACCGUGGGAGCUGCCCCCCAGUCGCAGGCCACACCCUCAUUCACACUACCACUCGGAGCGCUGCCACACCCCUGCCAGGCAGAGGCGCAGCCCUCCAGCACGGCGUCAGCGCGCUCGGCGUGAACGUCUCUCGCGGCUCCAUCACGGCUCGCCCGGCGGCCCUCAGGACGAGAACUACCGCCACCACCCUCACCCGCUUCACUCCUACGGCCAGCCCUUGCCCCCUCAUCCACCCGUGGGCAGCGAAGAGCCCCGCGCCUUUCACCCCCCUGCGCUGUCUCCACGGUUACUGCACCCGCAGCAGCAGGGCACGGUGGUCAUGGACCUGCACGAACAGCUCCCUCAGGGUACAGUCCCCGUAUCGUACACCGUGUCGGCAGUGCCGGCUCAUGCCCUCCCACCACAGCUUUGUACCGGACAGCACAUCCCAGCGCGCUCCUCUCCGCAGCAUGUACCCGCCUGCUCGGUGGUCUUCAGCAGUCAGCAGCAUUACCCAGUCGGUCCUCCACCGAUGUUGCCGGCGUGUUCGGUGCAGCACUUGCCCGUGCCGUACCCGUUCCCGUCCCUGCUCACCAGCGACUCGGCCUUCCUGCUGCACCCGCAGCACCACCUCUCGCACCAUCACCACCCGCCCCAUCUCCACCCGCCCACACACUUCCUUCCCUUCCAGACACAACAGUCCCGAUCGCCACUGCAGAGGAUCGAGAAUGAAGUGGAGCUGCUCGGAGAACACCUGCCAGUAGCGGGCGGCUUUAACUACGCCCACUCGGGCCACCCCAGCCCCUUGCCGCACUCCACGCCGCUGCAGUUCCUCACCCAUGACCCCCUGCCUCAGGAGCUCUUUGGAGUGCCCUAUCCUCACUUCAUGCCUCGAAGAUUCGCCGGCCGGCGCUAUCGCUCCCAGCAAGCCAUGGCACCGCCCCCCUACCACCCAGGCCUCCUCCCGUACUUCCUGUCCGUUCUUCCAGUGCAGCCCACCGCUGUGGCACCCACUAUCAGUCUGGAACUGGACGUCGAUGAUGGAGAAGUGGAAAAUUACGAGGCACUGUUGAACCUGGCCGAGCGUCUCGGGGAAGCCAAACCACGCGGACUGACUAAGGCUGAUAUUGAACAGCUGCCAUCCUACAGAUUUAACCCCAGUAACCACCAGUCUGACCAGACUCUGUGUGUGGUGUGCAUGUGUGACUUCGAGUCUCGACAGCUGCUGCGAGUUCUGCCGUGCAACCACGAGUUCCACGCCAAGUGUGUCGACAAGUGGCUGAAGGCUAACAGGACCUGUCCCAUCUGCCGCGCCGACGCCUCCGAAGUCCAGCGGGAUUCUGAGUGACGGUCCCCCUUCCCCAGAUCCGCACACCCGCCGGACUCUCUCGUAACACACUGGACCGAAUAUCCUGGCUCCUGUCACCGCUUCCUUUGAUAAAACACUCGCACACGACUGUAUAGGUUCUGCUUCCGUUCACAUCACAGUUUAACUACCAAGCAAGCACAGACACACACACACACACACACACACACACACACACACACAAAACCUGAGACUCUAAAGACUCGUUCUCUGUUUCAAUUCACUCACUCGUCAUUUUCAGUUCAUUGUUCUGUUUCGUUAUUUUUAGGUUCAGGGCUGCAACUAGUGAAUAUUUUUAGAUUCUAUUCAAAUAAAAUAAAAAAACCUUGACCUUUUUAUAGAUUCUAAUGGAAAACAUCUACAUUAAAAUACUAAAUUAAGGUACAGGCUGGUACAAUCACUAAAGCUUAGGAUCAAACUCAGGUUUCUGAUCAUGGAAACUGAGCAGCACAAACACUACCUACUGCAUCACCAAAAAAGCAAGUAAUAAUUACGAUACUUAUACCACCACCUGUUACAAAAGUAGAAACGUUGUCUGGAAAUAAAAAAGUCAAGUACAGAUUUAGUUUUGAUUAUAUGAAAGAUUUUUUAAAGCUGCAGUUUGUAACUUUGCUGAUUUAAAAUGAAAGAAUUAUAAUUUUUAAAGUCUAAUUUAUAUGACCUUCUUGUGUUGGUGUAAAAGACCUGUGGUAAUAAUAUUAUAGUAAUUCAAAAACAAAAACAGUGCGGCCAGGUGAAAAUGAGUCUGUGCAGAAUGACGGAUUUUUGUUUUUUAUUAAUCUUUAAUUUAUUUGUAUUUCUUUUUUCUCCAUCCAAUCCAGUCGUGUCCAAUUCGAGCUUUUCUCUCCCUCUCUUCUGCCACCACCCUCGAUCGAGGAGGGCUGAGGCUGUCGGCACAGUCGUCGAUCGCUUCUUUUCACCUCCCAGGGCCGGCGUCUUGCAGAUCAGCCGCCCCCGGUGCAGGCACACCUACCGUUCGGAAGAGGUCAUGAAUGCCUCAGCGACGGGGAGCCCUGUUUCAGCUAUCGUCCCUCUUCGUACAGAUAGAGAAAGAUAAAUAGACACGCAUAUACUUUAUUCAUCUAGAAGAAUUAAAGAGCACACAGCAAGUCAUGUGUCUGUGUAGCUUUCUAGUUGGCUGAUAUGAACGGAUAUAUUUUAAAUAUCAGUUCGCUUAAUGUCAUAAAAAUAGACCUCUGACCUCAUGGUCAGGUUCUGAUGUAGGUAUAGAUAGGGAUUCAUGGUGGUUAAGUGGGUAGCACUGUCACCUCACAGCAAGAAGGUCCUGGGUUUCGAUCCUCAAGUGGGACGGUCCGGGUCCUUUCUGUGUGGAGUUCAUGUUCUCCCCAUGUCUGGGUGGGUUUCCUCCAAGAGCUCUGUUUUUUUUCCCUACAGUCAGGUUAAUUGGAGAUACUAAAUUGUCCAUGACUGUGUUUGACUGAUGAGUCUUGUGUAAUGAGUAGCUACUGUUUCUGUCAUGAAGUGUAAAACCUGACGUUAAAAUUCUAAUAAAUAGAUAAAUAAAUAUAGAUAGGGAUAUGGGUAACGACUUGUUCUUUCAAACAGUAUAGAAAUGCCAUUCUUCAGAAACCCCAGACCUGUAAUGUUCUGUUUUCACAGACUAAUGGAAUCAACCGGUCACAUUCUGCCAUCAGAUCAGUGCUAGAUUUGUCAUAAAUCUCAUAUUGUUUAAAAACAUUGUUUCAAUUUACUUGCAGUAAUAUAUUUUUACCAGAGAGGUCUCCAAAGCUCCAAACGUUACAGACUGCAGCUUUAAUGAUCGAAGUUUUCACUAUUUUGCAUUGCAGCCCUGUAGAGAUGGGUACUGGCUGGUCAUGCUUGCUGUUCUACGUUUAAAAGUGUGUGUGAGAGUGUGUGAUAGAUAGGCAGUGAGAGAGUAAGUGUGCUAACAUUCCUAACUAGUUUUGAUGAGGAACUGGUGUCGGGCGCACGUCCUUCUUUUUCUCCCUUAUACUCUACUAAUAAAGAAAUUGCAUAUAUAUGUACGUAUGUAUGUAUCACUAUAACGGGACUGAUUAUCGAUUCAUACAUGUUUAAAAAAAAAAGUCUCAGAAGUUUGUAUGUGUAAAUAAACAGGUGGGGUUUUUGCGCAAUUAUGAUUAGCGGUUGUAUAGACUUGGAAUACUGUGAGUUACAUGAAUGACGGUGUGUGUGAGUGAGAGUGUGUUUGCACGUGUGUGUGUGUUCUGGUGUGUUAUUUAUCCGGUAUGUGUGGUACACAACACUGGUCUCCCGCUCUCGUGUGCUGGUGUGUGAUUGGUCAGGAGAUGUGCUUGAAAGGUGGCAAACUUCACUUUAAAAACCUCCCUUUAUUGAUAAGAAAUGAUGGAUUCAGUCUUCCUUCCAUUCUUCUGUUUAUUUGAUUAAAAUCACGUCUUGUCGUGCUGGAGUUUCCUCAUAACUACGGCUGACUGGUUCAUUAAUAUUGCAGGAAAUUGCCACACCCCUUCUACUGGUCCAUACUUUCAUUUAGUGGAGCUGGGUCAUACCGAUAUAACUGUAUGUGUGUGUGUGAUGGGUUAGGGUUCGGUAUCCACUGGGUUGUGUAAACAUCCAAAUGUUAUUGAGUGCAGAGCUGGGAAAUAUGGUAUCAAUAUAUUAUAUAAUCAGGCGUGGGAGUUGAAUCACUGCACAUCUGUACCAUUUAAGAACUGAGGGCAGUUUAAGGACGGCUUAAUUUGCUCGUAUUAUAUCAGUAUGAUGUAGGACUGGGUGGUUUGCUCAUGUGACAUCAAUAUCAGCUUGUAUUUGCCAUAUAGCUCAGCCUUAAGGAUACAAGAGUUUGGAGUUUGAGAACGUAGGAUCAGGCAGGUUGAUGAUGAUGAUGGUGAUGAUGUAUUCGCUCGUCACCCAUUCCUGAUUUUUCGUUGCACUAGUUGCAAUAACUUCAGUGAGAAUGCAAAGCCUUGCAAAGGUAUGGUUAGCAUUAGCGUUUGCUUCGGUACAGUUACACAAUCCUAAAUGCACUGUUUAUUUUUUUACGUUUUUAAAUCAUGGUCUGGUUCUCCCUUACACUCUGUACAUCCUUGUUCAUGUUUUCUGAUGGUUGGUUUCUGACUAGGCUGAUGACAAAUUAAGUCUAGACCUGUUUUUAGCUGGUGGAAAAUCACUGCUUGGCCUUUCUGCCGAUUUUUGAUUGGCAUUGCAACCCAGUUACUGUAACUUUGGAACCGUUCAGAUCUCCAGUCUGGCACCCCAGUUCACAAAUCUGAAAGACCUUCAUCCGUAACUGGGAGUGAACGUGGAGAAUCGAAACCCUGUAGACUUUUGUUUGUAUUUAAACACUAUUGCAUUGUUCAAUUAUGCACUUUCUGAAUCGUGUACUGUGGGUUCACUAAUUAAUUCAUUAGAUAACACACAGUUCAGUCUUAAGCUUGUUGUAUGGCUAGAAUCACGUAGCAUUAUCACGAAGUGUCAUCUUCCCCACUGAUUCACUUUAUUAAAUAUUAUUUUUCAUUACACGGUUGUUAGUUAAGCAAGACAGUACUGUCCUGAUAUAAACCAGCUAAUGCUAACUAAUGGUAGGUCUUCAGCUGUAGCUGUAUGACAUCCUGUAGCUAGCCAGCUCUACUAGUCUAUCCAAAAUUAGACUGUUGUGUACAAGUCAAACGUUUCCCCCAAUUUUCUUCCAUUCAUUACAAUUAUUCAAACACAGACUUUUAUUUAGUUCCGCUCGGCCACAUCAGCUGCUGUUGCUCUUGGUUUGUUUGUGUAUCGAGCUAACUUUAGUUCAGCUAUACGAAAAACUAACUAUAUCUGAAAAGCUACAUGAUAGACUUUCUGGCUGAAAUGUUCUGAAGAAAAUGAUCUCAGGUUUGGGUGCAAACAUUCAUCUGAUGUCCUAAUAAUAAAAAAAAAAGUCACAUAGCACAAGGGUGUGUCUGGGUUAAGUUUUGAUAGCGCUUCCCUGGGUCAAAAUGGUCAGAGCCAAUGCUGAAUCUGGUCAGCUGAUCACAAACGUACUUUUGACUGGCAUAAAGCACUGCAGUAAUUCAAUAUAACAGCUUACUGUACUGGCUACCUAAACACUGCAGUGUAGCUUAGCUUACAUGUUAAUUUACCUCUCCAGUAAUAGCAAUCAUCCGCUACACAACUAGCAAGAUUCAUCUCAAGCCUGCUAACAUGACAUGAAUGUUUUCCUUGACAGUACCAGUGUUUGCAAACUAGCUAACAUAACUCUUGUAUUUAAUCUGGUACUCUUGUGUAAUUAAGUUUAAUCAUGUGAGGGGGUUUCGGUUCACUUUUGAAAAGCUCUGCCUCUUGACUCAGGUGAUUUGGGUUUUUUCCCCCUAGAAAAAUCAGGAUGUGCAUUUCACAGUGAUUUCCUCGUCCGUCUCCCCGUCCCGUCCCGUCCCGGCGGAAUGUGUAAUAUGUGAGGGUGUGUAAUAUGAGUGUUAUAAAGAUCUCAAGCACAUGUACCCACCCAUAUGCACCCGUGAUAGUUCCUGCCUCCACCUUUGUGUACAUGCACGAGUGAGUGUGUGUGUGAAGUGUGAUGAACAAUUAUGAGCGGUUCCGGUGGGCUACGUAGGCUCUAUGAUCUGCAAUGUCACGUCAUAAAGCUCUUGUAGCUUGCUAACCUGUAGUGUCUUAACUGUAACAGCCGAUGCCUUUUGAGUCGUUCUUCAUUCAGCAUCAGACUUUAUAUUUCCGUCACUGAGUCGGUCUGCUUCUCUUCAGACAGUCCUGUUACUAAACCCGUGUUUUAUUUACAAGUAUUUUGUUUUUCCCUCCUGCUUGGUACAAUAGCAGUUACCUCAUUUUUACUAUUUAUGGUGUUCUUGUUUUCUUUUUUUUCUUUUUUCCUAAACAAAUAUGAGAGUUUCAGAUUUUUUAAUGGGUUUUAAUUUGUUUUUCAUUAAAAUACUAUUGUAUUGUUUAACAUGAUGUAGUUUCUUAUGUAUAAUAUCUGUAACCAAAAUCAUUUGAAGGCUUGAUAUAAAGAUUUUUAACAAACA